GCCGCCAUUGGCUGGGAUCGGAGCAGCUGACGGGCAGCGGCCGGGCGGGGGAGCUUCAAGGAUGGCGGCGUCCGCGGCGCUGAUCCUGCGGGAGAGCCCCAGCAUGAAAAAAGCAGUGUCGCUGAUAAAUGCAAUAGAUAUAGGAAGAUUUCCACGAUUGCUCACCCGAAUUCUUCAAAAACUUCACCUGAAGGUCUGGUACUGUAGCUCAUUGUGUCAAAAAGAUGUAGUCACAGAAAUUCUGGAACUUUCAAAUCAAAACAUUGCUCUUAAGGCAGUAUAUCAUAACGUGAAGCCAGCAGCUUUGCAGCAGCAGUUAGAGAAUAUUCAUCUUAGACAAGACAAAGCAGAAGCAUUUGUCAGCGCGUGGUCUUCUAUGGGUCAAGAAACGGUUGAAAAAUUCAGGCAGAGGAGUCUCGCUCCCCACAAGCUAGAGACGGUGGGAUGGCAACUUAACCUUCAGAUGGCUCACUCUGCCCAAGCAAAACUAAAAUCUCCUCAGGCUGUGUUACAGCUAGGCGUGAGCAAUGAAGACUCAAAGAGUUUGGAGAAAGUUCAUGUGGAAUUCAGUCACAAGGAGUUGUUUGAUUUCUAUAACAAGCUAGAGACCAUACAAGCGCAGCUGGAUUCCCUCACAUGAUGCUCUUGAAGACUGGUUUCUCCAUCACAUUCCUGCCACCUCAUUAUUUGGCUUUGAAGAUAGACUGCCAGGUUGUGUUUUCUGAAGGAUUCAGUAGUUUUCUUCUUGUAAAUUGUAUGGUUUAUCACUUCUUAGACAAAUAAGAGCCAAGGGAGAUCAUUGUGCUGAGGACUGAGGCUCUCAUAUACUUUCUCUCGUUCUGUGAGCCAACAGCAAGCAAUUGUUAAGAACGUUUUGCUUUAAAUGAAACAAAAGUGAAUACCAUAUUGUUUUUACUGUCCUGUUUUUGCUUUAUUGCCUAACCAGUUUAUUUUUUACAUAUUUGAUGAUUCCCAUGUGUAUCGAGGAGGGUCCAUGGAUAUAAGGUAUAAUGUGUACCUUAGACUACAGACCUUCAGUCAUUACAUUAAUAAAAGUAAGAAAGCAGUCACAUGCAAUUAAAUAUAUUACAGCAUUUUUCCUUGAAUAUAAUGAGUAUAUUUUACUUUGGAAAUAACAUAGGAGAGAAAUUUAAAAUAGAGCUAGUAACAGCAUACCAGGUAAUUCCAGUGUGAGCUUCUCUGUGCACUUUUAUUUUUUCUCUGUGUUUAAUGAUUUAAUAAUAGUCCAAGUUUUGUAUGCUUUUCUUUGUACUGCAAAUUAAUAAUGAUUCACUUCAUAGUGUGGGAGACAGAUUCAGAUCAUUAAUAAAAGGAUUGUAAUGAGUGCUAAAUGUGUGUGCUUAGAAUUAAAAAAACACAUACCUUUUACAUUCUCUACCUGUAUAUAUGUUAAUUUCAGUCAAUAAAAUUUUUAUGUCUUAGAA